AUGCCCAAACUUGAUAAAAUUACCAAGCCCAAGUCCAGGUCCAGAGCCAAAGAGACGAGAACCUGCGAACGUGGUUCAAGUGAUGAGGAGGGAGACAAAGAAGACAGGAACUGGAACUAUGAGGUCCAUUGGGAAUUAAGUCAAUCAGAGAGGCCGAGGGUGCCGGAGGAGCUCACGGAGAUUUUACGUGACUACAACCACGAAGCUGAAGACCUGGAGCCCUGCGUUCUUGCCCGGCUGAAACUCGAUGCUAUCCUCAUGAGUACUCUUGCAGCCGUCAAACGUACGGGUAAUGGAUGCAAGUCCACGCAGACCGCGCACUUCGUCCUAGGAGCGCCAAUCUCCUUGCCGUGGGAGAUGUACUGCGGGAUGAGGACUAUCCGCGGGGAGAUGGAUGAUUCUAUGGCAUGGGAGAGGCGAAGAUGCAAAGACCGAGACCGAGAUCGAGAUACCCACGGUCUUCAUGCAGGACGAAUUGGGCCCGGGCUGCCCUCGAUCCGGUCACGGUUCAAAUGUGUAAGACUUCUAGAAGCCUGCGUGAACUGGCUGUGUCGAGUCAUGCUGCAUCAUGCGCGCAAGAAAGCCGGACACGCCGCUGUCCCCAUAUAUGGCGUGUCGACUGAUUCCGUGGAGUGGUUUUUUCUGCGACUUAGCCCGGAGAAUACGCUGUCGGCUCAUUGUGUGGAGUGA